ACCGGGGGCAAUCAUGCUUGAGCGCGUUGUAAUGUGUAACGUGAAAUCAAAUCUCACUCCAAGGUUUUUUGAAAACUUGGCAGCUCUGACUUCCUCUGUUGUGUAAUAGCGUCUCAGCUCACCCUGACAGCGGUUAGGCUUUUACACUCGACUUUCACAAGAGUUGCAGACCGCAUUGGAUAACAUGAACUUUUGCCCGUUGGCGGAGGAACAAAGUCGACAGGACACUGAAGGAGUCAAGUUUUCAGUUUUAGGUUUAGGUUUUCCCAGUAGCAAAAGACAGCCAUAACGAGCAGCCUGCUCCGCAGCUUGGCAAGAGGACCUGUCUUUCAUAACAAAGGGCAAGAUGAACUUGGAGGAGUACUUCAGAAGGAUUGGGUUCAGUGGCCCAUACGAAAAACCAGACCUGGAAACCCUGAACUUGAUCCACAAGCAGCACAUCUUAACAAUUCCGUUUGAAAACCUCAGCAUUCACUGUGGGGAGAGGAACACCAUGGACCUUGAGGUAAUCUACGACAAAAUUGUGCGGAGCGGUCGCGGGGGCUGGUGCUGCGAGAACAACCUGCUGUUUGGGUGGGUGCUGACAGAGCUGGGCUACAACCCCACGACACUGGGCUCGAGGGUUUUCAACAGCAUGAUUAAUGACUUCAACCCCAUGGAAUCUCAUCUCAUCAACAAGAUCGUCAUCGACGGCCAGGCCUACAUUGCAGAUGUAAGCUUCGGGGUGUCUUGCCAGAUUUGGGAGCCUCUGGAGCUCGUGUCCGGAAAGGAUCAACCUCAGCCGCCCGGUGUCUUUCGUCUCGUAGAAAAGGGAGAGGUGUGGGUGCUGGAGAAGACCGGCAGGAGGCCUGAGAUUUUGAAUCCAGACUUUUCCAACUCAGAUCUAGUGGAUAAGAGCCAAAUCAAGGUUAUCUACAGCUUCACCUUGUUGCCCCGGGGUGUCGACCAUUUCCUCGAGACAACCAACAAUCUUCAGACAGAUCCAAGUUCACUUUUCACGAAUAAAUCCAUCUGCUCUCUGCAAACACCCACGGGGUUCAGAGCCCUCAUCGGCUGGACUUACACUGAGGUCACCUUCCGACCCGAGGAAGGUGUUGAUCUUCUAGAGAUUAGAAACAUAAAAGAUGAUGAGGUGGAGGAAUAUCUGAGGGAAAAGUUCAAUGUAAAAUUGGUCAAAAAACUGGUGCCAGUAAACAAGAAAGCAUGCUACAAAAUAUGAAAACCCUUAUCUUUUAUGUUCCUGCUCAUACUCCCAUGAUGACCAUCUGUGUCGAUAACAUAAUGACUGACCAGAUGCAGCAGAUUUCUGAAUAAUUACAUAUAUUUUAUAUCAUGUAACGAUGAUUUGAUUUUUCAUAUUUUUCCUUUAAAUUGUAUAUAAAGUAAUGCUGUGACUGUAAAUUUGCUCAAAUGACAGUUCACUCUUGUUUUUAGAGUUGACAAAAAUCUUAAUGUCACAUUUUUUAUCACUGACCCACAUCAUCUUAAGUAGCAUUAAAAUAGUAGAAUUUUGUGUAUAUGACUAUUAAAGUGAAAAUAAACUGAAUUAACACUC